AUGGAAGUACCAGGAAAAAUAAUUGGUGGCAAAGUUGGAGGAAAAGUCGGUGGUAAAGUUCUUGGUCUUGGUAAAGGAGGAAAGGGGAAAACAGGAUCAGGAAAAACUAAAAAAGCUCCAUUAUCUCGUGCAUCAAGAGCUGGAUUACAAUUCCCAGUUGGUAGAGUACACAGAAUGCUAAAAACAAGAAUUUCUUCUGAUGGACGAGUUGGGUCCACAGCUGCCGUAUAUGCAGCAGCCAUCUUGGAAUAUUUAACUGCUGAAGUUUUAGAAUUGGCAGGAAAUGCAACAAAGGACUUAAAAGUGAAGAGAAUUACCCCAAGACAUUUGCAAUUAGCCAUUAGAGGUGACGAAGAAUUAGAUACACUUAUCAAGGCAACAAUUGCUGGUGGUGGUGUUAUCCCACAUAUUCAUAAAGCUUUAAUGAACAAAGUCCCAGUUCCACCACCCCAAACCAAAAAACCCAAAAAAAACUAA